AUGCAGCUACUUGCUGGUUUGAUUUGGUUGAUGCAGCUUUUGUGUGCUGCGUCAUCAUUUAUCAGUAGUCUCAGCCAGCUGAUGAAUGGAACAGAAGAGAACAUCUAUUUGCCUUUAGAAGAUUUUGAUUAUUAUUGGGACACCAACACCAGACUGCUUUUGACAUUGUGCCUCUUAAAUUUGUUCCUGGUCUUGGUCGUAGUAUCGUAGGUCUCUUCCAAGGAUGCCGUUUGAAGACCUGUUCCAAGAUUGAAUAACCAUGAGUGGCAUGAUAUAUGGGAAAGCCUGGUUCAGUGUUUGACCUGCUGGUCACCUUCAGUGUUCUGGAACUUCGCUCCUGAGUGGUUGCAAAACCGUGAUAAGCUGGUGAAAUGCUUGAUAAAAGGAUGUAGUCAACCUGAAAAUUCCCAGGAGACAAAUCACUGUGGUGUGUUGGGGUCUGGCCCAUGAGAGUAGAUCUCUUUUCAGUGCCGUUCAGCAUGCAGAGGAAGAGGAUAUCUCUGGGACUACAGACAGACCAAGAGGCACAGCAGUAGCAUCAAACAGUGAAUGUGUGCCAAUAUACAGAAAAGGAAGUACACAAGGAAAACAGCUCUUGCUGCAAAAGAUGAGAAUGAAGCAUGGCUUCCACGGGAGCAAGAAGAAGAGCCAGAGAGAACCACUCAAUCUUUAUCGUGGUGUGAAAUGCACUAUAUAUGGAAGGACUACAGCAGCCAACCAAACGAGCCAGUUGUCACCUGGUUGCUCCCAUGCUGGGAUAUGGGAGCCAUUAGUUUGGAGAUGGAAGGCAGGGAAGCCAAGCAGUUGGAAUCCCUGUCUAGGGAAGCAAGCAUUGACAGAGUUACCAGGAGAUUGGUACAUACCCUCAGCCUCUGGAGAUAGCUUCUAGCAGGUGUGAAGGAUAUAUAUCCCACCAAGGACAAUAUAAAGGAUCGUUCUGGGACAUGGAUCACCAUGGAGGAAAGCAUCUAAUACCUGGGGGGAACUACCUGAGCUGGAAAAGCUCAGCAAGGCGAGUGACAGUUCCCAGAUGAAGCAGUGCGCACCAGCCGUGUGGAAGAAAGUUUCUAUGAGCUGCACCACCAUCAUAUGCCAGCUCAAUCAGUCUGGGCCAUGGGAGAUGGCUAAGGGCAAACAGUGGGUGAAGUGUAUACCCUGCUCUGGCAAUAAAAGGGAAGUUAUCUUCUCAUGUGCAGGCCUCUGUUUCAGCUCUGGAGGAACGGACUCAAAGGGUUGACCAACUCCAAGAGGACUCAGCCCAUUUCCUGCCCCCUGCGCAGCCUGGGGUUUCAGCUGUUAAACAUAGGCAUCUCUCUGUCUGAGAGGGGUGUCUGGAAAGCAGACACCUUGGAGUAUCCUCUGGUUUUUCUUAUUUGAUGAGGAGGAGAAGGAGGACACGAAGAAGUGGGAUGGAAAGUCCACUUCAGCUUUAGAUGAAGUCUGUGGAUUUCAAGGAAACCUCGGAAGAACAAUGCCCCUGUUUCCAGUGGGAAAUCAUCCAAAAAGAACAAUCAAAUUGGUGCUGACUCUGUUCCACUCAAAGGGGCCUCUAAGGCAUUCUUAGAAUAUGCAAGUGAUUCUGGUCAGGAUUAGAAAGGCCUUGCCUCCAGCUAGGUGGAGGAGAGGGACAACCAAGUCUAUUGGCCUGUGUGAGCCAGGUGGCCUGGUACAUCAAACCCACAGAAGUAUAAAGCUUUUGCAAAUAUGGGCACACAGUGUACUUUGAUGCCAUCAAACUAGGAGGGGACAGAACCUAUCUACGUUUCUGGUGUGACAGGAAGAUCCCAACAGCCAAGUGUGUUAGAAGCUGAGCUAAGCCUAACUGGGAAUGAUUCCAAAGACCUGAUUGUGACUGGCCCAGGGGCCCCAUGCAUCCUUGGCAUAGGCUAUCUUAGGAGAGAGUACUUCAAGGAUGCAAAAGAGUACCAGUGGGCAUUUGUUAUAGCUGCCUUUAAAAAAAGAGGAAAAGGAACAAUUAACUGCCUUGUCUGGUCAUUCAAAGGACCCCUUCAUGGUGGGGUUGUUAGAUGUUAAAGACCAACAAAUGCCAAUUGCACUGGGGGCAAUAUCAUGCUGACUGGGACUCUGUGAUACCCAUCUAUAAACCAACAACUAGAGAGAUGAAAGAUGAUCACAAAGACUCACUCAUGCUUCAACAACUCUCUGUGGCUGGUAAGGAAGUCAUAUGGUGAAUGGUGACUGCCAGUGCACUGCUGUGCUCUGAACGAGGUCACCCCAGUAAUGAGUGCUGCUGUGCCAGACACUGGAGCUUCAGUACCAGCUGGAGUCUGAGGCAGCCAAGCGAUAUGCCAGGAUUGACAUUGCUGAUGCAUUCUUCUCCAUUGCAAUGGCACCAGAGUGCAGGCCACAGUUUGCCUUCACCUGGAGAGGAGUCCAAUGUGCCAGGAAUCGACUGUCCCAGGGGUGGAAACACAGCCUCACCAUUUGUCAUGAACUGAUCCACACUGCACUGGAAAAGGGUGGAGCUCUGAAGCACUUGCAAUAUGUUGAUGACAUCAUUGUGUGGGGUGACACAGCAAAGGAAUGGAAGAAAAUAAUCCAGAUUCUUCUGAAGUCCAGGUUCACCAUAAAGCAAAGCAAGGUCAAGGGACUUGCAAGAGAGAUGCAGUUUUUAGGGAUAAAAUGGCAGGACAAUUGUCACCAGAUCCCAAAGGAUGUCAACAAGAUCACAGUUUGAUUGUGAGCCCUCUCUAUCCAGUGACUCGGAAAAAAGAAUGAUUUCCAAAGGGGCCCUCAGUAGCAACAAGCUUUUGAACAUAUCAAACCAGAGACUGUGCAUGCAGUAGCUCUUGGACCUGUUCCUACAGGACAAGAGGUUACAAAUGUGCUCUACACUGCAGCUCUCCCACGUGGAGUCUUUGUCAGAAAAUAUCAGGAGAGACACGAGGCCAACCUCUGGAGUUUUGGAGUUGGAGUUGCAAGGGACUUUAACUACACUCCAAUUGAAAAAGAAAUACUGGCAGCAUAUGAAGGAGUUGGAGCUGCCUCAAAGGUGAUUGGUACUGAAACACAGCUUCUCCUGGCACCGUGACUGCCAGUGCUGGGCCGGAUGCUCAAAGAGGGAAUAUCCUCCAACCAUCAUGCCACAUGGAGCAAGUGGAUGGCACUGAUAAAGCAACAGACUCGAACAGGGAGCCCAGAUUGCCCAGGAAUCUUAGAAGCUACCACAAAUAAACCAGAAGGUGAAGACUUUGGGACCACACCAAAGGAGAUGGAGGUGACCUGUGCAGAAGAGGCUCCGUGCCCUGUUCACUGGUAGGUCAUGCUGCAUUGUGGGAAGGCACUGAAAAUGGAAGGCUGCUGUGUGGAGUCCCACCUGGCAGGUUGCAGAGGCUGCUGAGGGAGAGGGUGAGUUAAGUCAGUUUGCAGAAGUGGAAGCCAUCCAACUGGCUUUGGAGAUUGCUGAACAGGAAAAAUGGCCGGUGUUUGACCUCUGUGCAGACUCUUGGAUAUUGGCAAAUGCUUUGUGGGGAUGGCUGCAGCACUGGAAGAGAAACUACUGGCAGCACAGAGGUAAACCCAUCUGGGCAGCUGAAUUGCAGCAAGAUAUUGCCACCCAGAGAAUUUGGUGAUCAAAGUACAUCAUCUAGAUGCCCAUGUGCCCAAGAGCUGAGCCACUGAAGAACGCUGCAACAACUAGCAGGUAGAUCAAGCUACUAAGAUUAAAAGUGGCUCAAGCAGAUCUGGACUGGCAACAUAAAACUGAAUCAUUUCUAGCUCAAUGGGCCCACGAUGCCUCAGGCCAUAAAGGGAGAGAUGCAACAUACAGAUGGGCUUGGAAUUUAAGCAUGGACUUAACCACAGACACUACAGCACAGGUUAUCCCUGAAUGUGAAAUGAGCACUGCAAUCAAACAGGCCAAGUGGAUAAAGACUUUAUGGUAUAGGGCUGAUGGCUGGAAUAAAACUACAGGGAAGCUUGGCAAGUAGAUUACACCACAUUGCCACAGACCAUCAAAGGAAACUCUGUGCUUACAAUGGUAGAAGCAAUCACUGGAUCACUGGAAAUAUAUUCAGUGCCCCAUGCCACUGCUUGGAACACCAUCCUAGGCCUUGGAAAACAAUCCUGUGGUGAUGCAGCAGCCCAGAAAGGAUUGAGUCAGAGAAUGGAACUCAUUUUGGAAACAGCUUCAGACGUUUUGGCCACAGAGCGUGGCAUCGAGUGCAUGUAUCGCAUCUCUUACUAUGCUCCAGCUGAUGGGAGAGUUGAACGUUGCAACAGCCUGCUGAAAACCACUCUGAAAGCAGUGGAAGGAGGAAGCCUCACAAACUGGAAUGCACAUAUAGCAGAAGCCUCUUGGCUGGUCAACACCAGAGGAUAUACGAAUCGUGCCGGCCCUGCCCAGUCCAAGCUGCCGGGUGCUGUAAAAGACAAGCUGGAUGCAGACUACAUCAAGCGCUAUCUGGGUGACCUGACACCAAUACAGGAGAGCUGCCUCAUUCGACUGAGACAGUGGCUGCAGGAGACACACAAAGGCAAAAUCCCAAAGGAUGAGCACAUUCUAAGAUUCCUGCGUGCCCGGGACUUCAACAUUGACAAAGCAAGAGAGAUCCUUUGCCAGUCGCUGACAUGGCGUAAACAGCACCAGGUGGACUAUAUUCUAGACACCUGGAACCCUCCUCAGGUGCUCCAGGAUUACUAUGCAGGAGGCUGGCAUCACCAUGACAAAGAUGGUCGCCCACUGUACGUGCUGAGGUUGGGCCAGAUGGAUACCAAAGGCUUGGUGCGAGCUCUAGGGGAAGAGGCCUUGCUUCGAUACGUUCUUUCAAUAAAUGAGGAAGGACUGAGACGAUGUGAGGAGAAUACAAAAGUAUUUGGCAGGCCAAUAAGCUCUUGGACCUGUCUAGUAGAUCUAGAAGGCCUGAACAUGCGACAUUUAUGGCGACCUGGUGUCAAAGCAUUGCUAAGAAUCAUUGAGGUGGUGGAAGCUAAUUACCCUGAGACUUUGGGUCGUCUGCUUAUCCUAAGAGCACCAAGAGUAUUCCCAGUUCUUUGGACACUGGUUAGUCCAUUCAUCGAUGACAACACUAGAAAGAAAUUCCUUAUUUAUGCUGGAAAUGACUACCAGGGUCCUGGGGGACUGCUGGAUUACAUCGAUAAAGAAAUUAUCCCUGAUUUCCUUGGUGGAGAGUGCAUGUGUGAAGUACCAGAGGGGGGGCUGGUCCCCAAGUCCCUCUACCGAACAGCAGAGGAGCUGGAAAAUGAAGACAUAAAGCUCUGGACUGAAACAAUCUACCAGUCUGCAAGUGUCUUCAAAGGAGCUCCACAUGAGGUUCUCAUUCAGAUUGUGGAUGCCUCAUCUGUGAUCACGUGGGAUUUUGACGUGUGCAAGGGUGACAUCGUUUUCAACAUCUUCCAUUCCAAAAGAGCCCCACAGCCUCCUAAAAAGGACUCUCUGGGAGCUCACAGUAUUACAUCUCCUGGUGGGAACAACGUCCAGUUGAUAGACAAAGUCUGGCAGCUGGGGCGUGACUACAGCAUGGUGGAGUCUCCUCUUAUCUGCAAAGAAGGGGAGAGUGUGCAGGGAUCACACGUGACCAGGUGGCCUGGCUUCUACAUCCUCCAGUGGAAGUUCCAUAACAUGCCUGCCUGUGCUACAACCAACCUGCCUCGUGUGGAUGAUGUAUUAGCAUCUCUACAGGUCUCCUCUCACAAAUGCAAAGUGAUGUACUACACAGAAGUGAUAGGAUCUGAAGAUUUCAGGGGAUCUAUGACCAGCCUUGAAUCAAGCCACAGCGGAUUCUCCCAGCUCAGUGCUGCCACCACCUCUUCUAGCCAGUCGCAUUCCAGCUCCAUGAUUUCCAGAUGGCGAUUUUGCUGACAACUGUAAAGAAACUGCUUCAUUCGACACUCCACAGCUGUCCAGCGGUGUCUGGCUUUGUAGACCUUUUUGAGUUGCAGUCACUUUUCAAGGCCGAAGAUCUCUCUUUCAUUUUUCACUUGAGCUGGCUCAAAAGUGGCACUUUGGGUUUUUCCUGCUCUUCUUGAGCUCAAAGCACAUGACAGCACAAACAGCUGGGGAGAUAAAACUCCAGAGAAACAAUAGCUAGUCCUCCUCCAAGCCAAGUGCUGUGGCAAUAUGACUCGAUCACUGCAGUCUCAUUGAUUUCCCAUACCCUGCUCUUUCUUUUGUGUGGUAUUAUUGCUCCUCUUCCUCCUCUCAGCCAAUGACUCUUCUGUUGGCUCCUCUCCUGUUAGCAGCAUCCCUCUGCUCUUCUCUGUCUGUACUCAUGAACUGCAUAUCAAAUUCUGUAAAUGUUUUGUAUACAUAAUACCUCAUUCUGGGUAAUUAAAAUACAGAUAAGUCUUUAAAA